CUUCAACUCCUAAACAAAACCCGAUACAAAAAACUAUUAUUUCUCAGUCUCUGUCUCUCCUUCAAACGCAAACGCAAACACAAACUCUUCAGCCCAUCAAACACUGCAAGACCCAUACGCGGGAACCCAAAAACGGAAAACCUAGACUCAGAGCUUUCUCUCUUCCCCGGCGACGGUAAACGAUUAAAACUAAAUAGAGAAAGUUGUUUUCUAUCUUCUCACCGUCAGUUCAAUUGAAGAAAGUGAAAGUAAACACCGGCAAAAGCGAUUCAACUAAGCCACAAACGCUUGGCCUCAUGGUUGCAGAGUCCUCCACCUCGGUUACUGCUUCACAAAACCGCACAACCAACCUAACAUCAAACUGCUGGAACGGCUACAGUAUAUCAAAUUUUAUCACAGGAUUGAAACAGUAAAAGGGGGAAGGGCAAGCUGGUUAUGUGGCUUGGGGAUAUGGGUUUUGGCAUCAGAAUCAACCCCGCAUUACAGCGUAUUGAGUUUGAGUCUGAAAGCGUGACCUGCACAUUAAACAAUCUAGGUUGGGGAUUGUGUACUAACUCCGCGGGUCUGAUUCUCGCCUGCACUAGGUACUGUGCACAGAGAUGAGUGAAUCUUUAUCAUCAUCAUCAUCAGCAUAAUCAUAAAAAAAAAAAAAAAAACCCGAGCGGCAGAUUCGCGUGCUUUGCCGGGAACAACAACUACUACUUCUUUUCUAGUACUAGUAGCACAAUUUUUUAUUGCUUCACAUUGUUUCUCUUUCUCACUCUCUCUAAUUCUUCUUCCAAAAAAAAAAAAAAAAAAACUCGCUUUUUUCAUUCACGGUUUCUCACCACCUCAAUUCCCCACUCUUUCUCUCUCUAAACUCGAAAAACCUUCUUUCGAUUCCAUCAAAGAACUCUCUCAGAGCUAUGCUCACCAACGAAGGCUUCCAAGGGAAUGAGUUGUGGCUACUGUUUUGAUCAGUAAGGUUAAAUGGAGGAUUCAGAGAAGAGAAGAGACAGACUGAAAGCAAUGCGCAUGCAAGCUGAUCAGACUGAAGCUUCUAGUAAUGUUGCAAGUCUCGCUGUGCCUGUUUCCCUUUCCAAUCCAUUGCUUGAAACCUCUGCAACUAUGGAUGUGCAGGAGGAGUCACGUGCUCCAAGGUUUGAUUUUUAUACAGACCCAAUGGCAGCAUUCUCUGAUAGCAGGAAGAGGAGUGAGGCUGGUAAUCAGAUUAGACAAGAUUGUUUCACAUCUCCAAGUAAUCAUGGUUCUCCAAUGGCACGGUUUUCACCAUCUCUUCCAGCAGGACCAAGGAACCCUGGAAUGACUCCGCCUCCUGCUCAUCAAAUCCAGACCAGCAGUUCUCCCCAUCAGAUGAUGUACCAAGCACAAGGUUCUUAUUACAACUCUGGUCCCCAUGGAAGCCCGAUAGGAACAGCCAGUCCUUUUUCCAUGCAUCCGCGAACUCCUGAAGUCUGGAAUGGACCAAUGAACCCAACUAGCUAUAGGUUUCCAUCUAAUCCAUCUAGAGGGGGUCAUCUUCCAAGCCCUGGCUUUGGACCAAGGGGUAGCCCGCGUUUCAAUACUGGGCAAGGCAGGGGUCACUGGGUCAGCCACAGUCCAAGCCCUGGUUCAAGACAUGGAGGCAGCCCUAGCCCUGGUUCAGGAAGAGGAGGGGGCCGCUGGUAUGGAAGCAGCAUGAGCCCUGGUUUGGGACAGAGUAGUGGACGAGGGCGGGGUUCUCAUGCUCAUCCAUCAACACCAGAGCGGUUUUAUAAUGAGUCCAUGUUAGACGACCCAUGGAAACUUUUGGAACCAGUUGUAUGGAGGAGUGUGUGUGCUUUAGUGAAUAGUUUGAACACCCCUGCCUCACCUAAAUCCUGGAUUACAAAAUCUCCUAUAACAAAAAGACCAAAAGUUUCAGAAUUUUCAAACAAGUCAAGUUCUCAACCAAGCUUAGCCGAGAUCUUGGCUGCCUCUUUUAAUGAAUCUGUAAAUGAUGCAUCAAGUACAUGACGGUUGCUGGGAGUUCCAUAGAGCCUUUUGCUACACUUACUUCCCUGCUCAGUAUGGUUUCUAUCCAGAAAGCGAAGCAGGAAGGCAAAAAGGUGUUUGCUGGACUCACACGCUGUGAGAGGGAGGAUGCAUAUAUCGGAUGUAUGAUAUACCUUCUCUUGAACACCUGAAGACAAAAAAUUCCAUUCGAAUAAACUCUUUAGUAUUUGCAAUUGCAUGUAAUGAUCUCUGCUGAAAUUCAGAGUAAACUAUCAGAUGGCUUCAAGCAUCUGAUACUGUACUAACAUAGCAAAUUGAUUAUGGUUAUGUUUUGCAAGUUCUUGUGGCUACUACAAAGGUUUCCUUUGCAGUUGAAUAUUUCUACAAUUUUAUUACA